AUGUCCUCCGCCGUGGCGCAGGCGCUGCCGCCGUCGAUUCUCGCGCUCUUCGCGCCUCGCCCGCCGCCCCCAUUCAAGCCGGCGCCUGAGAAGCGCAAGAUGCCGCGCUACGGCACGGUCGCGCACCUCGUCUCCGAGUUCGAGGAGCCGUCCGCGACGCCAGCGCCAAAGCCGGCCGCUGUGGUAGAGUCGAAGGAGGCGCGCCGCGCGCGCAAGGCCGAGAAGCGCAAGGCCAAGGGCGAGGCCGAUCUCGAGGCGAAGGUCGAGGCGUACGACCCGAACGAGGACAGCAAAAUCAAGGGCGACCCCUACAAGACGCUCUUCUGCUCCGACUAG